UCUCCUCCGUCUCUGUCUUGCGUGAGAGACUAAACUUACAUCCGAAGCUUCUCCGUAACUUUCCAUCAAUUUAAAAAAAAAAACGUGUAAAAUUAUCGAAAAAAGAAAAAAAAAAUCGUUGUAGAAGCUCAGAGGAGGAGGAGGAGGAGGAAGAAGAAAGCCUUUGAGGUUUCGUAGAAGAAAAAUUGAGGAAUAUUAAUUGUUUAAAUCUAGUGGGUUUUCGUGAAGAGAAGUUUGAUCCUUGUUCGACUUUGACACUCGUCUCUUCACGCAAUCGUCGUAUCACGUCUUCUAGGGUUUGCUUCAAUUUCGUUCCUUUUGAUAUAAAAAACUAAUUUUUCUGGGUAACGAAGGCGAAAUUGGCUUAAAGUUGGAGAAUUUGAGGAUAUCUCGUGGUGGGUACUUUGGAAAACAUCGAAAGGUUUAGUCUUUGACGAAUCUGUAGUCUGGGUCAAAGGAUCGAAGAUAUAGAUAGAAAGCCUUAGUCUUUGUUUGUUUGGUUGCCUUGUCUCUAUCUCUCUAGGUUGGCUACGAUGAGCGCAAGCUUCACUUGUGAUGACGGGAAGCUGAUUCUCUGCGUGGCGGAGAACGGACAUACAUUUGAAUUCAAUUGCAGCGAGACGACUCCAGUUGAAUCCGUGAUGCGUUUCGUUGAAUCUGUCUCCGGGAUUAGCUUCUCUGACCAGCUUCUCCUCUCGCUGGACAUGAAACUCGAGCCUCAGAAGCUGCUUUCUGCUUACGGACUUCCUUCAAGCGGUCGAGAAGUGUUUGUUUUCAACAAGUCUAUGCUUCAAAGCAGCUCUCAUCCUCCCUCACCGGAAGAUGUAGAUUUACAGGAGGUUGAUGAUGCUUUGCCUCCUGCUCCAGUCCAUGAGCUUCAUCCCUUGGACGACGCGUUGGAUCCGGCUCUAAAGGCCUUGCCUUUGUACGAGAGGCAGUUUCGUUACCAUUUCCAUAAAGGCCGAGCCUUUUAUAACUGUACGGUUGUGAGGCUUGAGAGCUGCGAGAGGCUGACGAGAGAGCAGAAGGUGCAGCAGAGAGCUGUUGAAGUCGCUACGAGGAACCUGGAGCAGUAUUACAGGGUGAUCUUUCAGAACUUUCUCGAGUUCAUGAAGCGGUAUAAGCAUCAGCACCGCCUCCACUCUGACUUGCUGAUGAAUUUCGGAAGGGAUGUUGAGAAACUCAGGUCGGUUAAGGUCCACCCUUGUCUCCAAACCGAUUCGAGGAGAUGCUUGUUGGACUUUGUCAAGGAAGAUAACCUCAAAAAGGCUGCGGAGAGUUGCGGAAUCUCUCAUAAGCAGUUUGAGAAUAAGAUUGCUCAGUUCCAGCAGAUGUUUGUGGAGGUCAAGCGCAAGGUUGAGGAGCUGUUCGCUUGCAGAGACUCCUUAACGACGAAGAGCUUAGAAGCGGCUGUUAAGGACCACGAGCGAUUCAUUAACGAGCAGAAGAGCAUAAUGCAGUCUCUCAGCAAAGAUGUCGAUACGGUUAAGAAGCUUGUGGAUGAUUGCAUGUCUAGCCAAUCGUCCUCAUCUCUCAGACCUCAUGACGCUGUUUCAGCACUUGGUCCUAUGUACGAAGUGCAUGACAAGAAUCACCUCCCCAAGAUGCAGGCUUGUUACAACUCCAUUUCGGAACUGCUUGAUUUUUGCAAGAGCAAGAAGAAUGAGAUGAACAUCUUUGUGCACAGCUACAUGCAAAAGAUAACGUACGUCACAUACGUCAUCAAAGAUGCGAAGUUGCAGUUUCCUGUUUUCAGAGAGGCGAUGGUGCGUCAGGAUGAGUUGUUCGCUGACCUGAAGCUCGUCCGUGGUGUUGGCGCCGCUUAUAGGGCCUGCCUCGCAGAGGCUGUGAGGAGGAGAUCCUCUAUGAAGCUUUACAUGGGCAUGGCUGGGCAAUUGGCAGAGAAGCUUGCUAUGAAGAGGGAAACAGAGGUAAGGAGACGCGAGGAGUUUCUCAAAACUCAUGGUCCUUUCUUACCUCGUGAUGUGCUGUCCUCAAUGGGUUUAUAUGAUACUCCCACUCAGUGUGAUGUUAAUGUAUCUCCUUAUGAUACUAGUUUGAUCAAUAUUGAAAUGGCAGACGUUGAUCGAUAUGCUCCUGAGUAUCUGGUUGGGUUACAUUCAAAGGUUGCGUCCUCGAGGAGUUCACUGGGGAUGUCUAGUGAUAGCUCUCUUUCCGCUGAGGCUGAGGAGAUAAGUUUAGACAAAGACAGUUUUGAAGAUAUCCUAGAGGCUUCUGAGUUAGUGGAGAUAGCAGGGACCAGCAAGAUGGAAGUUGAGAACGCGAAACUAAAAGCUGAACUCGCUUCUGCGAUCUCUCGGAUAUGUUCGUUAGGCCCACAGGUUGAAUACGAUGUGCUGGAGGAUGGAAGUGAAGUGGAAAAUUUGUUGAAAAAUGCCUCAGAGAAGACAGCAGAGGCGCUGCAGGCGAAAGACGAGUAUGAGAAACAUCUCCUGUCCAUGCUCAAGGAGAAACAAAGGCAUUGUGAUUCAUAUGAGAAGCGCAUCCGUGAACUGGAGCAACGUCUCAAUGAUGAGUAUCUACAAGGAAAGAGAUAUGUUAAUAGUAAGGAUGUGUCUGGCUUGAACCUUAUGGAAGAAAAAGGCAACAAAGCUCAUGUAUCUGGUUCAGAGCCCAUGGAUGAGGUCUCAUGUGUUUCAAAUCUUUCUAGCAAGCAGCCAUGUAAAGCUAGGGAAGGUAUGGAUGAGAACAUGGUGGAUUCCUCUCAGGUGCUCAGUCAUCAUCCGCUUGAUUCAUCGAUGCUGGAGAGCCAGCAAAACAAUGAGAAAGGCGGAAAGGAUAAUGUGUUUCUAAGUGACAGUUCGACUGCCGAGAGCCCAACAAAAUCAUUGGGUAAUAAUGUGGUAACUAACAUAGGUUUAGAUACCAAACACAGUGAUGAUUUUAUCUUGGAACUUAAAAGUGAGCUGAUGGAGAAGUCCGAUAAACUGAGUGAAACAGAGUCCAAGCUAAAUGGGGCAAUGGAAGAGGUAGCCAGCCUGAGCAGAGAGUUGGAAAUGAAUCAGAAAAUUCUUGAAGAAUCUCAGAUGAAUUGUGCGCAUUUGGAGAACUGCUUACAUGAAGCUAGAGAAGAAGCCCAGACCCAUCUUUGUGCUGCUGAUCGUAGAGCUUCUGAGUACACUGCACUCCGUGCAUCAGCUGUGAAGAUGAGAGGUCUCUUUGAAAGAUUCCGGAGCUCUGUGUGUGCUGGUGGUGGUGUCGCUGGUUUUGCUGACUCCUUGCGUACUUUGGCUCAAGCUUUAGACAACUCCAUUAAUGACAAUGAGGAUGAUGGCACUGUUGAGUUCCGGAAGUGCAUCCGAGUUCUGGCAGACAAAGUUAGCUACCUCUCCCAAAACCGAGAGGAGUUAUUUGAGAAGUGCCGAAACCUUGAAGCUACAAGUGAACAGACAAUAAAGGACUUGAAGGAAAAGAGAGAGCUAGUGAAAACAUUGUACACUAAGCACCAACUUGGGAAGCAGGCGAAUAAGGAAAAGAUAUCAUUUGGUCGUCUUGAAGUCCAUGAGAUAGCAGCAUUUGUGCUAAAUCAAGCAGGGCAUUACGAGGCAAUCAACAGAAACUGCCCAAACUACUACUUGUCCUCUGAAUCCGAGGCAUUGUUCACAGAUCACCUCCCGAUCCGGCCUACAUACAUCGUUGGACAGAUUGUCCACAUCGAGCGCCAAGCAGUGAAGCAGGCACAGACACUUUCAGCGUCUGCAACUCCUGAGGCUGGUAAGAGAGAUUAUCUCGGCUCAAGAAACCUGGCAUCAAGUUCAAUGUCUUCAACAUCGUCUUCAGGAGCAACGACAACAAACCCUUAUGGCCUCUCAUCAGGAUGUGAAUACUUCAUAGUGACAAUAGCAAUGCUUCCUGACACUGCUAUUCAUCAACAAGCUUCCUGAUCCUUUUGCUUGUUCUUACAGCAGAUUGAUGUGAUGGAAGAAACCCCUCCCCAGAAAAGAACAAAAAUGUAAAUAGUUAAAUAACCAUCAAUAACCAGACAGCCCCUCGUUUGAUUUGUGGAUGUUGGGUUUCAUUUGUCUCCUUCUAAAAGUAUUUUAUUUCAUAUCUUCUUUCUUUCUGUACAGCUGAUGAUCACUGAUCUUAGUUUAAUCUUUUAUCCUCGUA